AUGGACAACCCACAAACUGGCCCACUGAUUAAAAACAUGGACAACCCCCAAACUGGUCCACUGAUUAAAAAUAUGGGCAACCCCCAAACUAGUCCACUGAUUGAAAAUAUGGACAGCCCACAAACUGGUUCACUGAUUAAAAAUAUUGACAACCAACAAACUGGUCCACUGAUUAAAAAUAUGGACACCCCACAAACUGGUUCACUGAUUAAAAAUAUUGACAACCAACAAACUGGUCCACUGAUUAAAAAUAUGGACACCCCACAAACUGGUUCACUGAUUAAAAAUAUUGACAACCAACAAACUGGUCCACUGAUUAAAAAUAUGGACAAUCCCCAAACUAGUCCACUGAUUGAAAAUAUGGACAGCCCACAAACUGGUUCACUGAUUAAAAAUAUUGACAACCCACAAACUGGUCCACUGAUUAAAUUAGAUUUGCAAAUAGACAACCCACAAACUGGUCCACUGAUUAACAAAAUGGACAACCCACAAACUGGUCCACUGACUAAAAAAAUAGACAACCCACAAACUGGUCCACUGAUUCACAAAAUGGACAACCCACAAACUGGUCCACUGACUAAAAAAAUAGACAACCCACAAACUGGUCCACUGAUUCACAAAAUGGACAACCCACAAACUGGUCCACUGAUUAACAAAAUGGACAACCCACAAACUGGCCCACUGAUUAAAAACAUGGACAACCCCCAAACUGGUCCACUGAUUAACAAAAUAGACAACCCACAAACUGGUCCACUGAUUAAAAACAUGGACAACCCACAAACUGGUCCACUGAUUAACAAAAUGGACAACCCACAAACUGGUCCACUGAUUAAAUUAGAUUUUUAA